GCCCAACAACCCAAGCAGGGUGUUCCGAGUAGCCGCCGCCAAUGGAGAUCGGAAAAUCAAGCCUCCGUCUACACAGUCGCCUUUCUCUUUCCAAUCUCCGCUUCAUCGCUUUCUCAUCUUCAUUUUCGACUUCAACUCCAGCAGUAGACUUCCUAAACGACGCCGUCGAAGACGACAACGAUUCCUCCACCACCACCUCUUCCUCCUCCAAACCCACCACCGUUACUUCAUCCUUAUCACCAGCAGAAUCCCUUGUUGCGGAAAAGCUCCACUCUUUAAUCAAAAACCACCAUCGCAAAAACCCUACCUUAAACCCUAAUCCCAAUUCCCCGAACCCCAUAAACCCUGAUCUCACUCUCCCAACUCUCUCCUUCGAUUUAUACAAAAUCUCCCCCGUCCACUCACUCUCUCCGGCCGUCAUUGUUCACGUAAUCGAGAAAUGUAGAUCCGUUCGUCACGGCAUACCCUUUUCUCAGACCUUGGCGUUCUUCAACUGGGCCAUUUCCCGUUCCGAAACCCUCAUUUCCCAUGAGCCUUAUAACGAGAUGAUUGACCUGGCCGGAAAGGUACGCCAAUUUGACGUCGCUUGGCAUUUGAUUAAUUUGAUGAGGAGUAAAAAUGUUGAAAUCCCAAUUGAAACUUUUUCGAUUUUGAUUCGCCGGUAUGUUCGUGCUGGCUUGGCUAAUGAGGCUGUGCAUGCCUUUAAUCGGAUGGAGGAUUAUGAUUGUAAGCCCGAUAGGAAUGCGUUUUCGAAGGUGAUUAGUGUUCUCUGUAAGAAGAGAAGGGCUGUUGAAGCUCAGUCAUUUUUUGAUAGUUUGAAAGAUAGGUUUGAGGCUGAUGUGGUAGUGUAUACUAGCUUAGUGCACGGGUGGUGCAGGGCUGGCAACAUGUCUGAGGCUGAGAGGGUUUUUGGUGAAAUGAAGGCAGCUGGGAUUCAACCCAAUGUGUAUACUUAUAGUAUUGUUAUCGAUGGUUUAUGUAGGUGUGGGCAAAUUACGCGUGCCCAUGAUGUUUUUGCUGAGAUGAUUGAUGUUGGAUGUGAGCCAAAUGCGAUCACUUUUAACAAUCUUAUGCGAGUACAUGUGAAAGCAGGGAGGACUGAGAAGGUGUUGCAAGUUUAUAAUCAGAUGAAGAGGCUAUCUUGUGUGCCGGAUGUGAUAACUUACAAUUUUUUGAUAGAGACUCAUUGUAGGGAUGGGAAUCGCGAGGAUGCGAUUAAAGUGUUAAAUUCGAUGGUUUAUAAAGGGUGUGAACCUAAUGUUCAUAGUUUUAACCCGAUUUUUAGGUGCAUUGCCAAGUCGGGGGAUGUCAAUGCUGCUCAGCGGUUGUUUGCAAGGAUGAAGGAAUUAAAGUGUCAAACUAAUACUGUGACAUAUAACAUUCUGAUGCAGAUGUUUGCUGAUUCAAAAUCUACAGACAUGAUUAUCAAGCUUAAGAAGGAAAUGGAUGAGAGUGAAGUUGAGCCUAACGUGAACACUUACAAAAUUUUGAUUUCAAUGUACUGCAAAAUGGGACAUUGGAAUAAUGCAUACAAGUAUUUUAGAGAGAUGAUAGAGCAGAAGUAUCUAAAACCAAGUCAGCAAGUUUACCAAAUGGUCUUGGAACAGCUUAGGAAGUCUGGCCAGAUGAAGAUGCAUGAGGAGCUGGUGGAGAAGAUGGUUUAUAGGGGAUUUGCUUCUCGUCCCUUGUAAAGGAUAGUUAAAAGUGGCUCAACCAGUUGAAUUUGGUGAUGGAUGACAAGUAGUGAGCGCUAGAAUGGUGACUUUGAACCUUCUCACGAGGCAUCUUGGUUUGGAGCUCACGUCAUCUGUGGCAGUCCAACAUAUGAGACAUCCUUUCUGCACCUCAAGCAGCUGCUAAUGGGGUGCUUCAUUGUUGGAAAACCCAGAGAACGAUGAAAUGUGUAGAUAAUUGCACUAUUUGGCUUCAAAAGAAGCUUGGCAAUUGGGAGUUUCUUCUUUAUCUGUACGUCGCUUUGCAUUGGAAGUUCUAAUGCAGCUUUCCUUAGUCUGUUUCUUUGUAGGGUAGAGAAGGGUUAUGUUUGCAGUAGGUGACAAGGAUUGUGAGAAAGUGCAGAAAUGUUUUAGCUAUUGUACUUCGGGCUGUAUCAUUUGUGGAACUAGCAUUACAUUUUGUCUCCAUGAAAUCAGGCUUACCUGUUUGGCAGUGUGCUGCUAGCAGUCUUUCCUGGAACAUGAGUACAUUCUAAUCCUUUUGCACGAACGUUCACAUCCAAACUUUCACUUA